AUAAUCAUUAAAAAGUUUAGAUAUUAUAAUAGAAAAAGAAGACCAUUAGUAAUUGGAACCUCUUGGCUCUGGGUUUCCUAUACUCAUGAGAAUUCCUUUAACAAAACAAUAUUAGAAUCAGAAGUCAAUUGGGAAAUCAGAAUAGGAUUAGAAAAUUAAAAAUCUCUUCUAUAUAAGAGUAUAAAAAAUAGAACCAAAUUAAUCAACUAAAACUUCCUCAGUCAAAAUUAGAUUUUCUCGUAAUGGCAGAGUACACAGUUUUGUUGAAGGAGAUCCGUGAAGAAACAUCAAGGUUAGAGCAACUCCACGGCGUUCUAUUUAAGGAUGAGGCUCUCUUAUUGGCUGCCCAUGUUGCCAUGCAUCCCCAAAACCAAACCGCUGGUGAAUUGCGUGAGAGAGCCAUUGAUGUUCUUAACAAGGCCUGCAAAAGAAAACAUAGCAUGAAGAAUCACCAGAAAGAACUUGAUAAACUCAAAUACUCUCUGCGUCGAGCAUCGGUUGAAUUUGAACAACUUACCAACGAGAAUGCUGAUAGCUGCAACAGAGAUUCUUGGCUCUCCCACUUGGAGAAGGAAUUGAAAGAGAGAACGCAUAACUAUUUUCAGAUUCUUCAACUACUUGAUGCGAAGGUUAAGAACAAGUUCAAGGAAACACAGGUUAUUGGUAUAGAAGAAACUGCGGAAAUAGCUAGUGAUUUGACUGGAAUUCCAGUUUCUUGGCUUCGUACUCCGCCUGAGGAAAGAUACACGCGGCUUAGAGAACGGUUGCAGAAGAGGAUAGUUAGACAGGAUCAUGUAAUUGAAGCAAUCAUGGAGGUCUUGUUGAAGCAUAAGGGUGAGAGUAGUUGGUCAGGACCGCCAGUUGGUUCGUUUCUGCUGGUGGGUCCUUACGGGACUGGGAAGGCAGAGCUCGCCAAGGCCAUUGCCAUUGAGCUUUAUGAUGAUGAAGAUUGCCUUGCGCGAAUUGACAUGGAACAAUAUAUGGAGCCUGACCUUGAUAGUGUCUCAUGUCUCGUUCGUUCACUAACUCAAACCGUGAAGAAUCAACCAUACAGUGUUCUACUAUUUGACAAGAUUGAGAAGGCUCAUUCUUCUGUGAUCGACACUUUGAUUAGCAGUCUAAGCAAUGAGAAUGCAAGUGAUUUGAGAAAUACUCUGAUUAUCAUGACAUCUGAUGUGGAAGAAGAAGACAUGCGUAAUAUAGAGCUUGCUCAUGUUUUAUGGCAAGGGUUGCACUUCUUCAAACCAGAGUUGCUUCAGUUCUUGGACAAGAUGAUCCUCAUGAACUGGCGUUGUCCUCUCAAGGAUACUACUCGGCUUCUGUUAAGAGAAUGGGCAAGUAAACAAUCUAGUGAAGGCGAUAGAACAAUCACCGUAUGCCCUUCAGAUUCUGCAUUAACCCAGAUUGUAUGCAAUGCAUCAACAAAAUAUGGUGCAACUAGGAAAGGCCUAGAGAGAUGGAUGGCAGAGAAAGUAUUCUCUCAACUGUCAAAUAUGGUUGAUCAGGAUCAUCAAAUUGCAGACAGUUACAUCACUAUAUAUAUUAUCACAGAGGAGAAAGGGGAGCUAGCAUCCUAUUGUUGCAGCUGAAUGAAUUUAUCAUCCAUCGUUAGUGUUAUACAGAUAGUUUCCUUUGCAUUUCUCUUUUCUUCAAGAGCAUCUAAUGAUGU